AUGUCGGGUCAGACGCUGACGGACCGCAUCGCCGCGGCGCAGUACAGCCUGACGGGAUCCGAGGUGUGCCGAGCUGUGUGUAAGGCCACCACACAUGAACAGACAGCUCCAAAGAAAAAGCACCUGGAAUACUUGAUCCAGGCCACCCAGGAGUCCAAUGUGAACGUCCCCCAGAUGGCCGACACGCUGAUGGAGAGGGCCGGCAACGCCAGCUGGGUGGUGGUUUUCAAAGCCCUGAUCACCACACACCACCUCAUGGUGCAUGGCAACGAGAGAUUCCUGCAGUUCCUCGCAUCUAGAAACACCUUGUUCAACCUCAGCAACUUCCUGGACAAAACUGGCUCCCAUGGCUAUGAUAUGUCCACAUUUAUCAGACGCUACAGCCGCUAUCUGAAUGAGAAGGCCUUCGCCUACAGACAGAUGGCUUUUGACUUUGGCCGAGUCAAGAAAGGAGCUGAGGGAGUGAUGAGGACCAUGUCAGUAGAGAAGCUGUUGAAGGGAAUGCCCACCCUGCAGAGCCAGAUCGAUGCACUGCUGGAUUUUGACGUGCAUCCACAGGAGCUGAACAACGGAGUGAUAAAUGCCUGCUUUCUCCUACUCUUCAAGGAUCUGAUCAAGUUAUAUGCCUGCUACAAUGAUGGCAUCAUUAACCUGCUAGAAAAAUUUUUCCAGAUGAAGAGAAGCCAGUGUAAAGAUGGGCUGGAGAUCUACAAGAGAUUCCUGACACGAAUGACUCGGGUUUCUGAGUUCUUCAAAAUUGCUGAGCAAGUGGGAAUCGACAAAAAUGAUAUACCUGAACUCACUCAGGCCCCGGAAAGUCUUUUGGAGUCCCUGGAGACCCACCUCAACACUCUGGAGGGGAAGAAGCCAGAGGAUAAGUCGCCCACUAAGGACGCGACAGCCAACAACAGCUCACCAGCUGCUGCUGCUGCACCGGCCAAACCCGCGCCUCCUGCCGCCGCCGGCGGGCCCCCUGCUCGCCCCGGGCCGCCUGCCAAACCUCCUCCACCCUCUGUCACCCCCACCGCCCCAGCCCCCACUACCACUACCAGCAAUGCCCUGGAUGAUGGGUUCUUGCUGGAUCUAGACCCAAUUUCCUCCUCAUCAGCAGGGGGCGCUGCAGCGACUUCCUCCAUGACCGGAUGGGGUGAUCUCUUGGCUGAGGCCACUCCGGCUGCCACUGAUGGAGCCUCUGAAGCUCUCCUGGCGGAGGGAGAGUCUGCUGAUGCUGAUGCUGCAGCUGCUGCUGCCCCUACAGCUGCCACACCCACAGCCGCUGCCGCCGCUACCACUGCCACUACGGCCACACCAGUGCCCACCUCUCUGCCUGUCUCAGCUCCUGCCACCACCUCAGCUACUGACAUCGACCUUUUCGGAGAUGCGUUUGCACCUUCCCCAGGAGACGGUCCUGCUGCCGUGGCCGCUGGCCCUGCUGCUGAUGCAUUUGGUGGAUCUGACCCCUUCGCUACAACAGAGGGGAGUGCGGACAUUGCUCCAGAGCUGGACCUGUUCGCUAUGAGGCCCGCCGACACGGGGGCCGCUGCCGCCAUCACCCCUCCCACCUCUAGUGAGGCGCCGACCAUCAUCGCCCCCAUCGCUGCCCCCGCUGCCCCCACCCCUUCUUCCACUACCACCACUACCACCACAACCACCACCGACACCACCACCACAGAGUCUGCAGCCGCCCCGACUCUAGAUAUCUUUGGUGAUAUGUUUGAUUCUAUGCCUGAGCAAAGCCCCACCACAGAAUCCAAAGCUGCUACCACUCCUAGCGUAGACCUUUUUGGUGCAGACCUUCCUGCUGUUUCACGCGGGCCCUCUCCCUUGCCCGAGCCGGCUCCGGCUGGAGACAUUGUAACGGACUCGUUUACAUCUCCAACUCCAGCCGCUGCUCCUCCUGCUUCAGUUCCAGCCCCAGAAGCCUCAUCUCCACCCAAAGCAGAGCCGGCGCCAGUCAUUGACCUGCUGGAUUCGUUCGGCAGCCCUGUGGAGGAAACGCAGAGCUCUGCUCCUGGAGGCCCCGGAGACGACCUGCUGGGAGGCCUGAUGUCCCCCACCCUGGCCCCCACCGCUGCCACAGCUCUGGCUGCCUUGGCUCCAGCUCCAGCUUCAGCUCCGGUGCAGAAUGACCUCCUGGAGUCGGGCUUUGACGCUCUGGGCUCCCUGCCUUCUCCAACACCACCGGUACCUGCUGCAGUUGCAGCAGUACCAGAGCCUGCAACCACCACACCGGCGCCCUCUGGUGGCUUCGAUGCUUCAAUGUUUGAUGGAUUAGGCGACUUGCUGAUGCCCGCCGUAACGCCCCAAAGCACUGGGGGCAGCACUGCUGGAAGCACAGCUGGCAGCAUGGGAACUCCAGUUGCAGCGGGAGGCAUUGCAGCUGCUCCCCCCGCCACCCCACCUCCCACCAAAACCAUUGGAGGAGAUCUGGACUCGUCACUGGCCAACCUGGUUGGAGAUCUUGGAGUAAAGAAAAAGGAUCCACAGAGUGAAAAGAAACUGACAGGAGGCGCCAACUGGAUGCCACAGGUAGCCCCCACAAGCUGGGCUACACCAGGAGCCCCCAUGGCUGGUGCAACCCCUGGAGCUCCUGGGGCACCAGGAACAGCUCCACCUGGUGGAGCCAUGGUGCCACCAAUGAGUGCACAGCCUGGCUUUGGCAUGCCUCCAGCAGGAGGGCCUGGAGCUCCCAUGAUGCAACCCAUGAUGGGGCAGCCAAUGAUGGGACAUCCCAUGAUGAGGCCUCCCUUCACGGGGGUGGCUGGAGCUGCACCUGGAGCCGCUGCACCCGGAGCACCGCUUUCUCCAGGACCUGCAAGCCAGAGUCCCAAGAAGCCCAAGGACCCUCUGGCAGAACUCGACCUCAAGGACUUCUUAUAACGCCCCAGCUGCUUUCUUCUCUGGAGCAGGGCCCUCUCACCUUUUACCUGGUGUCCGCCAACAUCUCAGGAUGCCGGUGUCGUUCAGCUACUCGACC